AUGGAAUAAACCAAAAAAAUUCUGAUAGGAGGUGGAUGUUUUUGGAAACAUGAAUUAAAUAUGUAAAGAUUAAUAGGUGUAUUAAAUACAGAAGUUGGUUAUAGUGGAGGUAUAAUAGAUCAUCCAUGUUAUAAAUUAAUAUGUACAGGAUAAACAAAUCAUGCUGAAGUAGUAUUAGUUAAUUAUGAUCAAUCAAUUAUAAAAUUAGAAGACUUACUCUAUUCAUUUUUUAAUUAACAUGAUCCAACCUAAUUAAAUAGAUAAGGAUUAGAUGUUGGAACUCAAUAUCGUUCAUGCAUCUUUUAUUAUGAUGAUGAAGAUUUGGAGAUAAUAUAAAAAGUCUUAGAAGAAGUUAAAUAGUUUAAUAAUGAUGAAACUAUUCAUACUCAAGUUUCUAAAGUCUAAAACUAUUGGAAAGCAGAAGAAAUGCAUUAAAAAUACUUAUAAAAAGCAGGACAAUCUGCAGAUAAAGGUUGUGAAGAUAUCAUUAUGUGUUAUAAUUGA